AUCCUAUCGAAUCAGACCUUGCGACUACAUACGAGACGAGCCGAAUCGAGACCGCACAUCGCUUCUCUCACCGGCAGACAGUCAGACCGACCGGUGACUCGUUAUCAAUAUUGCCCCUUGUGCUCCUUCCACCUGUUCCCGAUACAUCUUGUUCCUCUCAUUUUCAGAGCGAUAGAGACUCGGGGCUGCGUACAUUGUUGUGUUGCACAUCAUCACUUCACACUGUGACGUUCUCUGAGCUUGUGCGGCAGUCUGAUAUCUAGCGUUUAGAACAUAGAUCGGUCGACAUCGGUGCGAGGGUGAUCAUGGCUUAUCAAAAUUACGGAAGUGCACCGAUGUACGGUCAUCCACAAAUGCAGCAACAACAACCUUCCUACCCCUAUGCUCAAGCUCAAGCUCAACAACCCCACUCUCAACCCUACGCUCAAGCUUCACCCUAUACCCAUUCCUCGGCGCCGAACUAUCAGUCGGCCUACCACCAAGAUCCGUUUCGAGAAUGGUACCGUCAACAGUUGAGCACGUUGACCUUCAACUCGAGGCCUAUCAUCCAGAACUUGAGCAUCCAGGCUAUGGAGCGGAGGGAUCGGAACGAUUGGAAUGGGAUGACCGCGGUCGGUGAGGAGCUCGAGAGGGCCAUCGGAUCGGCUUUACCGACGUGUAAACUCCCCCUCCUCUACCUCUUGGACUCGAUCUCCAAGAACGUCGGUCAACCCUACACGACCCACGUUUUUCCCCGCUUCAUCGCCCAGACAUUUAUCAACGCCUACAGAGCAGUCGAUGGAGCUACCAGGACCAAGAUGGCAGAGAUGCUGCGUACUUGGAAGCACGGCGGGGUCGGCGGAGUCGAGCUGUUCGGACCGGAUGUGAGGCAUCAGAUCGAGGCAGAGAUCUUUGCGACACGGGUGGACCCGGCCAGGGAGAGGGUGGUCAUUUCGCUGGCCGACGCGCUGCGCAGCAAGAGGGCCGCUUUGGCUAGGAACCCGGAAGAUGCAGAAGCGAGGGUGCAUGUCGGUGUGCUGGAACAAAUCGAGAGGUUGCUGAACAUGGGCAACGUCCAGCCGAACGAAAUCCACGAAAUCCAACUUCAACUAGACAAGAUUCGAGCUGAAGACCGUGGGACCCCUCAGCCUUCCUUCGCUCCGGACGUACAGUCCCGUCCUCCGGGUCGACCUCUCGGCGAGGUCUACCCCAAUGUGCCUAUUGUAAACGUCGCUAGUAACAACAGCCCUUACAUGGCGGGUGGUAAUACGCCCACGAACGGUUUCCAAGCUGGUCAUGUGCGCACCGGUUCGGUCCCGAUCGCACGUCAAACCGUCCCACCGCCCAAGAUGGAUUUCGGAAACCUGUUGAGAGACUUGACAUUUGCGGGCGUGAUUGGGUCCAGCGCUUCCACUCCGGUUCAGACGACGCCCGUGCUACAAAGAGCGGCUGUCGUCAGGGAAGGGAGCGUCGGGAGUGUAGCGAGUUCGGCCUUCAAGAACAACGGGAGUGAGCAGGGGGAUGUGCCGGACGAGGCAGAUGGGUUGAAAGAGUAUGAAGAGAUGGUAUUAAGCAUGAAUGUGGGACUGAGUCUGAACGACUUGAACAAGGUUUACGACUUUCAGCCGACAGCACACCUGCCCAACAGGUGUUCGCAAUGCGCUGCUCGAUUCCCCGCCGGUCCCGCCGGAAAGGACCGUCUUCAAGCUCAUCUGGAUUGGCACUUUCGACGUAACCGCAAGGAAAAGGAGAAUGAAGGCCGCGGUGCGAACCGUCGGUGGCUGCCCAGGGCCGAGUUCUGGAUCAAAGAUGUUACGUCAAACGUCAUCUCUGCUGAUGGAGCCAGUUCGUCCGGUCCGAGCACGAGCAACAAGCCCGGGCUCGGCAUGGCACCCAAAGUGGACGCUGCGUUUGUAGCUAGGCAGCGAGCCGAGUUGCAGAACUCCUGGAUUCCCGUCCCAUCCGAUCCCGCAAGAGCUGCGCUGCCGUGUCCGAUCUGUAAAGAAAAGUUUGUGAGCGAGUACAACGAGGAUGAGGAAGAAUGGAUUUGGAAAAAUGCUAUCGAGGCCGAUGGACAGAUAUCACAUGCAACGUGUAGAUCCGAUGCAGUCGCUACCGCUGUCGCCAAUCGUGUCAUUGCGAAUGCUGACGGCAAGAACCUCGGGCUGCGAGCAAACAGUCCAGCUCGAAGUCGAGGGAAUACGCCACAACCUGGGAGUAAUAAUCUAGCCGUCAAGAACUCGCCUAGGUCGAUCAGGGGGGGAACACCCGCAGGCAACCCGAGUCCGGCGAUGCCGACCAAAUUAGCUACAGACGAAACAGAAGUGAAACCCUCCGCGGCCAUUUUGCAAGCAGCGGAUCGUUUGACAAAUGCGGUAUCACAGCUGCGCGAAGGGUCGACGGAUUCAACAACUAGCGCUGGGGUUAAACGCAAAGCAGACGAAGAUGUAGACUCGCACAAAGAAGCUAAGCGAGAGAAGGCAUAAUGAAGAGUCAUGACGAGCAGUGUCGAGUUGUAACGAGAUAACACCAAGACGCAAGAUAACAUGCAUGAGAUAUCCUGAU